AUGACUAAGUCACAGACUAAGAAGGGGGAGGAGAAGAAAGAGGAGGAGAAGAAAGAGGAGAAGAGGGAGGGGGGAGGAGGGGAGGAAGAAAGAGGAGAAGCGGGAGGGGAGGAGGAGAACAAGAAAGAGGAGGAGAGGGAGGGGAGGAGGGGAAGAAGAAAGAGAAGAGGGAGGGGAGGAGGAGGGGAAGAAGAAAGAGAAGAGGGAGGGGAGGAGGGGAAGAAGAAAGAGGAGGAGAGUGAGGGGAGGAGGAGGAGGAGAGGGAGGGGAGGAGGGGGAGAAGAGGGAGGGGAGGUGGAGGAGGAAAUGAAAGAGGAGAAGAGGGACGGGAGGAAGGAAGAGGGGGUAGGAGGAGGAGAAGAAGAAAGAGGAGGAGAAGAGGGAGGGGAGGAGGAGGGGAGGAAGAAAGAGGAGGAGAAGAGGGAGGGGAGGAGGAGGGGAAGAAGAAAGAGGAGAAGAGGGAGGGGGAGGAGGGGAAGAAGAAAGAGAAGAGGGAGGGGAGGAGGAGGGGAAGAAGAAAGAGGAGAAGAGGGACGGGAGAAGAAGAGGAGGAUAAGAAGAGGGAGGGGAGAAGAAGUAAAAUUAAUCUCACUUGUGUAUAAUGAUAUGCGUACAUUUGAAAUACAUAAAUAA